AUGCAGCAGCAGUGCAACAAGAAACAGCAGCAACUGCAGCAGCAGCAGCAGCAACAGCAGCAGCAGCAGCAGCAGCAGCAACUAACCACCAAAGCGCAACAUCGCAGCAAGGUGCUGCUGCAGCAGCAGCAGCAGCAGCAGCAACAGCUGCAGCAGCAGGUGCAGCAGCAGGUGCAGCAGCAGCUGCAGCAGCACCUGCAGCAGCAGCAGCAGCAACAGCAGCAGCAGCAACAGCAGCAGCAGCAGCAGCAGCAACAGCAGCAACAGCAACAGGGACAGCAGCAACAACACAAGCAGCAGCAGCAGCAGCAACAACACCAGCAGCAGCAGCAACAGCAGCAGCAGCAGCAGCAGCAGCAACAGCAGCAGCAGCAGCAGCAGCAGCAGCUGACCUUGGUAGCUAGACAAGACAUGCUGAUGUGUAACGCACGGAGCAACGCCCGCAGUGGUCUGAACAUAAACAUUGCUGCAGCAGCAGCAGCAGCAGCAGCAGCAGCAGCAGCGGGAGCAGUGAGAGCAGCAGCGGGAGCAGCAGCAGCAGCAGCAGCAGCAGGAGUGGGAGCAGCAGCAGCGGGAGCAGCAGAAAAAGAAGGAACAGAAAAGGAGAUGGAAUACAGCAGCAGAAACAGCAGCAAAUAA